UUUUUAAUCGACACGAAACAAAAAUUUUAUUUGCUGAUUUAUAAGAUUACAAAGAUUAUAAUAAAAUCUUAUCAAAUAUCUCAGUUCUUUGUAUAAUAAAAUUUUAAUUGGAGGAUGAAUGAGAUCCAUUAUCAAUAAUUCUUUCCUUUUUUAAAAAACAAUAAAGUACCUUAAAGAUAAUUUUGAUUCGUUGCGAGUAACCAUUAUUAUUAUUUUUUUUUUUUAAAAAUAUAUAUAUAUAUAUAUAUAUUCCUUUUUUUUACGUUCCCUUUUUUUUUUGAACGAAUUCUUCAAAAAAAAACCUAAAACCCAAGAAAAAAAAACAUGGCCAAUAUUCGUAGAGAAGCUGUUAAUGCUGCAUAUGAUAAAGCAUACGCAUUAAUAAAUAAUGAUGAUAUGCAUAAAAGAUUUAAAGAAAUAAAAGAAUUUGUUAAUAAUGAUGAAACACUUAGUAAAGAAGAAAAAUUAGAAGUGAUAAAAAGGUUUGAUGGAGAUUAUGAUUAUUUUAAAGUUGUUAAGAAUGAUGGAAUCAAAAGAGAUUGUGAGAAUUGUAAAGAAAAAUGUUUAGCAACAUUAUAUUGUGAAAAUUGUGUUAGAAAAUAUUUAAAAUCCGAAUUUUCAAAUUGGACAUCUGAAAAUAAAAUUAUUGAUUCUUUAAUACAAAAAUGUCAACAAGAAUCAUUAAUUCCAUAUAUGAUAUUUGAAUGGAUUCCAUAUGAUAGACUUAAAAAUAUCAAAUUUUUGGUUAAAGGUGGUUAUUCUGAUAUUUAUACAGCUGAUUGGGAAGAUGGAUGUUAUAAAGAAUGGGAUCUUGAAGAAAAAAAAUUGAAAAGGUCUGGAACUAGUAAAGUAGCACUUAAAAGAUUAGAAACUAUUGAAGGUGAUAAUAAAACUUGGCUUGAAGAGGCUUUGUAUAUUAGUAAUAAAUGGGGAAGUAUUGUCCAAUGUUAUGGUUUUACAAAAGAUCCAACUGAUGACAAAUUUAUGCUCGUCAUGAAUUAUAUGGAUACGGAUUUAAGGAGAUAUUUACAAAAAAAUCGUAAUCAAAUUACAUGGAAAACGAAAAUUCAAAUUAUUUUUGAAAUUGUUAAAGCACUUUCUAGAGUUCAUGAGGAAAAUUCAGUUCAUAAAAAUUUACACUCAGGAAAUGUAUUAUAUUUAAAAAAUAAGAAUGAUUGGUAUAUUAGUGAUGUUGAAUUUUAUGGACCUGCUAAUAAACCAUUAAAUAGUGUAUAUGGAAAUCUUUCUUACAUGGCACCUGAAGUUAUUUAUAAAAGUGAAUACAGUUUUAAAUCCGAUAUUUAUUCUGUUGCAAUACUUAUGUGGGAAGUUUUAUCAGAACAACCACCAUUUCUUAAUAAUAAUAAUGAUCAAGAUCUUGCAUUAAAUAUUGUUAAUGGGACAAGACCGAAAAUAUUACCAGGAACUCCUGAAAUAUUUAAAAAAUUAAUGGAAGAAUGUUGGGAUGCAAAUCCGGAAAAAAGACCUGAUAUUCAGACACUUUGGAACAAAAUCGAAGAUAUUAAUAAAUCAAUUCAUGAAAAUAACGAUAAUUGGAAAGAUGUAAAUAUUGAUAUAAACCCUAAUAUUACUGAAUUAACUUAUAAUAAUAGUAAGGUUUAUACUUUUAAAGAUUUACCUAAACCAAAAAAUGCCACCAAAGGUGAUGUAUUAUUAAAUUAAUCGACUUUUACUGAUGAUUUUACAGAUUAUUAAUCAGAAAAAAAUAUACACAUAUAUUUUUAGAUAUCUAAAUUUAACACUUUCGGAAAUUAUAUACAAUAUUAUAACAUUAUUUUUAUUAUAUAUAUAUAUAUUAUGAAUUAUUUAAACACUUA